AUGUUCGGUUCCAUAAAUUCCAAAAAAUACUUCGACAGAUUUAUACCCCGUAGAAUAAAUACUGAGAUAGAUAUAAUGAGAAGCAGUGACGCCGCUGGGUUGUUAAAUAGUCCAGAUGUUCAAAGUGAUGUUGGAUUUAUUAAUUACGCCAAAGUGCGAUACCAUCACGGCAAUUUUCAAAAGCUCUUAAGGAACACCUUACUUCCGUUAGAAGCCAAAGUUUUAAACUUUUUUCCCCCCAAAAAAAUUUCAUUCAAUGGUGUUUCCACUCAGUGGAAUGAAACGUGGCCAGUGAAACUACGCAGAAAACCAGUCAUUGGUCCACCUGAAAUGAUCCUAGAUAUGCCACAAUUUGACUCACAUCUAUGUCAUCAUGUUGCCGACUGGAGUAGCCAAAAUUGUCUAGCUACAAUUUUUGAAAACGAAGUGCACAUGUGGUACCCAGAUACAGACUGUCGUAGAGCGACAACUAAUACAGGACAAGGAGUUCAACACUGCGUAAAAUGGGCACCCGAUGGCAGCAAAUUUGCUGUUGGUUUAUUUCCUAAUAGGAUCGGUAUUUGGUGUAUCGUCAAGAACAAACAAAUACAUGAAAACCAUUGCUGCUUGCAUUUCUGCGAAAUAUUUUGCCUAGAAUGGCUAGAUAACAAGACGUUAGUAGCAGGAUGCAGUAGAGGCAUUUUAAGUAUUUAUACAUCCGAAUUAAAUCUUUUAAAAAGAGUCUGCUGUUUUCCAAAAUGCAGUAUUAUUAACAUUACUGUUUCCUGUGAUAAAAGUUUUCUUGCUACAAGCAAUAUAAACAAGACGGUGAUUGUGUGGAAGAUUUCAGACAUGGAACGAGUGUUCACCAUUAAAAGCAAAUCAAUAAUUAGAGCUUUAGCAUGGCACCCUUGGAAGAGCUCAUUGCUUGCUUGUGGCUGUACUGAUGAAGCUUCAGCACGUGUAACUAUAUGGAAUAUAAACACUCAAAACCAAGUAGCUCGUGAAAAAACCUGUUACAAAAAUUCGUCUAUAGGUGCUUUAACUUUUAAUCCAAUUAGUGGAGAACUUGUGGUCAGUUAUUUUGUACGUGACAACCAUGCAGGAAUUGGAAUUAUCACUGUUCUUUCUAAUAUUGAUACAGUUGUAGAGGAACUCCAUAUUCAUGAUGCUCCCAUAUUGUAUCUUCUCUGGGGUAGUGGAGGAAGACAGUUAGCUUCUAUAAGUGCGGAUGAGAAUUUAUGUAUAUGGAAUUUUUUUGGUAAUCCUAGCAUAGAAAUAAAGCAAACACAAGACAAUUCCAGACGCUCAAAUUUGCUUUAUCCUUGCAUUAGAAUAACUCCGACUCGACUGGAAUGGAUUUGA